AUGCCUGACUCAAACGAUAUUCUCGUGAAUGAACAAACCGAAAUACAUUCGCAUCAACGAAAUGAUACUGUACGCACAAUGUUAUUCAAUUCUACGGAGUUUUAUGAUGAACUUAAUCGGAUUAUAACGGACAAAGAAAUACCAUCAUUAGAAGAGUUAUCUCGGUUACUUCUGCCUCUAACUAAACUUGAUAUGACACCGUGUAAAGAUCGUGUUAUACCAAUCAAUGAUAUCCGUGGUAUUGAUUCUGUCAACUAUGUGAAAGCAGAAAAAUAUUUGAGAUUGAAAUUGGCGUCGUUGCAUCGUGUCAUUGAUUUAUAUGGGUGGUCUCAAGGAAUAUACAAUCAUAUAUCUCUUCGCAUCAGUCGAGAACGUGAAGAAUUCUUAAUUAAACCAAUGGGAUUAAUGUAUCAUGAAGUAUCUGGUGCCAGUUUAGUGAAAGUCGAUAGCGAAGGUAAUAUUAUUGAUGCUGGCAAUACGACAUUUAGAAUUAAUAGAACGGGUUUUACACUCUAUUCAUUUAUCCAUAAUAAACGUCCAGAUUUGACUUGUAUUAUUCAUCUGAACACGGCUUCAGUUGUCGCUGUUAGUGCAAUGAAAUGUGGCCUCUUGCCGAUAAGUCAAGAAUAUAUAAUUUGUGGUGCAAUAACAUCACAUGAAGUUCAUAUUGAUGAUACAAAUGAAAAUAAACUUUAUGUCGAUAAUUUGGAUUCAGCAUCAGAUGCAAAAGUAAUAAUCUUACGCAAUCACGGUAUUUUGGCAUGUGGGGCUACAGUUGAGGAAUCGUGGCAUUAUGCAUUUAAUGUUAUACUAGCUUGUGAAGCACAAAUUCGUGCCACAUCAGUUGGAAUUGAUAAUUUGUAUAUACCACACGAAGAUAUACAUAAACAAGGAUUUCGUACCGGUUAUGUUUAUAGAGAGCCAUUAAUUCGUUUUGUUGAUAGAAUCAACUAA